CAACUGAGGAGCUGGUUCGAGGUGCUAGCUCACAAGUUUCGUCAGACAAACAGCACCGAUCAAAACCUGACCGACCGCCAGUAUCGGCUGAUCUGGCGAGUCCUUGCCAACCAGAUCGGUGCAUUCUGCAGGUUCGAGUCAGGCAACCGAGAUAACGAUGCUGGCGACCAUGGUUGCCAUGACAAUGUUGAGUUCAUUAGAACAGAGGUCUGGACAAGCCUAAAGCACGAACUCGAGUCAGCCUGUCGUCCGUCCGAGUGGGCAAGUGGUGAGACGAAAUUUAACGCACUCUUCUGGCUUCAAGUGGCCCGGCAACUGGCCGCUUCUGGCGGCCAGAGAGGUGAAUUCGUGAAAGUCGUCAGCAGUUGCCUGGAUCCGGUGACUCCGGUGCCCGUGAAGGUGUCCGCCAUCUCGGCCAUAUCGGGACUGCCGUGUGGAGAACAAGAGAGAGUAAACUGUCGACAAAUGAUAUUCUCAUUUUAA